GAAAAACAAAUCAACAAUUGGUUUAUUCGUAUCUUUCUCAUUUCUCUCUAGUCUAUAUCGCUCUCAGAAUACAAUUGGAAAAAAGAACAAGGUAUUUAGGAAUCUCUCAUUCUUGAGUAGCUAAGCAUUGAGGUCUCCUUUGCGUUUAUAGAUUAUUUUUUUUGGUUGAAAUUGUUUGGUUCUGUUGGGAUAUGUUGUUGUGUUAGGGAAGAGAACACAAAAAGAAAUGGUUAGAGAAGAGGAGAAAUCGAGAUGGUGGUGGUUCGAGAGCCACAAGAGCUCCAAACAUUCUCAAUGGCUUCAAUCAACACUCGCUGAGAUUGAUGCAAAGACAAAGGCAAUGUUGAAGUUGUUAGACGGAAACGCAGACUCUUUCGCUCAGCGUGCUGAGACUUACUACAAGAAACGUCCUGAGCUUAUCAGCUUUGUCGAAGACUUUUAUCGAGCUCACCGUUCCUUAGCCGUGAACUUCGACCACCUCAAGUCUUCCGACCACUAUGGAUCUCGCUCCGCUAAGGUUCCCCAACAAUCCAUGGAGUCCGUUUGUGACAGCAAUUCUCACUUUGAAGAUGCCGAUUCUGAGAUUGAAGACCCCCUUCAAGAUGAUGCCUCCGCAGCUGAUUGCAAAGAAGAUGAGACUUGGCAAUUGGAACAAGAAAGGUUGAAGCUGAUCGAAGAGACUGAUGCUCUGAGGAAACAGCUCUUAGACAAGGACGAAGAGAAGAGAGAGGUCAUCAGACAGCUUUCUCUAACCCUUGAGACCCUCAAAGACGAGAACUUGAGCCUCAAGAGACGCCUUGCCCACCAUUCUCUCAAGCAACGCACCGUUUUGGAGUUCAAGCCACUAAACAAGUUCUUUGGGAAGCUGUUUUACAUUAUGUGCGAUGGCAACAAGGUCCUUUAGGUUGGCUCAUCUACCUCAUGAGCUUAGCUUCGAUAUUUUCUGUGGUUCAUUUCACUGUUUAUCAAGAUAUAUCCUGUCCUUUCCGUGCUGUAUUAUAACCGGUAAUUAUCCUACUUAAUAAUGCAUGCUGUUCUGAUUUGUUC